UACAAAUGUCAAGAUUGUCUUGGCGAGCCACUCUAUUGCACGGGCUGUUGCAGGAGUCAACAUCGUAGCAAUCCUUUCCACUGGAUCAGUCAAUGGAAUGGGCGAUUCUUUGAGCGGAGUUGUCUCGCUCAUGUGGGACUCAUUAUACACCUUGGCCAUGAUGGCAAACAAUGUCCG